UCUUCUUGGAGUUUCCCUCUUGAAAGGUUACCGCGGAACGCAAGCUGGAAGGAGUACCGUGUCUAUGGUGUUAUUCAUACUGGACUAUAAUUAUUUCUCCUAUUUCUAGCAGCAGUAGUUCUGACAACAACAAAAAAAAAUAAACAGAAACGAAGUAAAAAAAAAAAAAAGGGGGCGGUCGGUCGGGAAGGGCUACCUACCUACCCGAGGCUAUGGAAGCCACGACGGCGGCUGCUUCACCCGUCUCCAGAGAACGGCGGCGGGCAUUCUCAUUCUCCGACACACACAGCCUGCUCGCCUUUGUACUGUUCUUCCUCGUCGCGGUAUUCGUCUUCACGGUAGCGCUGCAGGCCCUCGUGCCGCUGUGGUUCGUCUUCGUCAUCCCGUCGCUGCUGGGCUACAGGCGGUUUCUCCUGCGGACUCUGCACCGGAGGCGGCAGCGGCGGCGACCGGAGGUGGGAAAGACGAGGGUAGACCUGGCGUAUCCGCCGGGGCACCAGACGGCAGCCUACCGGCAGCUCGGCGACGAGGUGUGCCACAUCGACAUCGACAUCAGAUGCCCCGAGGCCUGCGGCUAUUGUGAACGGUGUGCGCACUCAUAUAUUGGCUACGUGUGGUUGAAGUUGCAGGAGGAGAGGGCAAAAAGCAAACUCUCCGGGAAAGAAAAUUAGUUUUGUAACCCUAUAAUUAUAUUUGGUGCAGAUAAUAGAUGAAACUCGUAUGUGUAAAAGGCAAGAAUCUAAAGAGGCAUUACGUGAAGGAACAAAAAAGCAGACGUUCAUUAUA